AUGGGCAAGUCUCGUCGCAACCGAGCCGGCGCCUCUCAGCGCAGAGAUCCCAUCGCCAAACCCGUCAAGCCGCCGUCCGACCCAGAGCUCGCCGCGCUCCGGGAGACCAGCAUCUUGCCCGUCGUCAACAGCCUCAAGAACGCCGACCCCAAGUCCCGCACCGCCGCCGCCACCGCCGUCUCCAACCUGAUCCACGACUCCCGCUGUCGCAAGCUCCUCCUGCGCGAGCACAUUGUCCACACCGUCCUGACCCAGACCCUGACCGACGCCGCCCCCGAGAGCAGAGCCGCCGGCUGGGGCAUCCUGCGCGUCAUUGCCGAGCACGAGGAGCCCGACUUCUGCGUCCACCUGUACCGGUCCGACGUGCUGACGGCCGUCGAGCACGCUGUCAAGUCGGUGGGGGGGGCGCUCGCCUCCUCCUCCUCCUCCUCCUCCUCCGCGCACCCCGGCCCGGCGCAGCUGCCGCUCAAGGCCGAAAGGGCCCUGGUCGUCAGCGUCGCCGCGUCCCUGGUGGCCUUGCUGACGGCCCUGGCCGAAGCGACCGACGAGGCGCUGCAGGCCAUAUCGGCCAGCCGCGCCAUCACCGACUUUCUCUUCCGCCUCGUCGCGUGCGGCAGCCGGGCCGGGCCCGACGCCGCCGCCGCCGCCGCCGCCGGCCUGUCGAACCUGCGGGGCGACGCGCUCGCCUGCCUCAUGAUCCUGACCGAGGACAACCAGCCUCUGGCGCGGAGCGUCGUGUCUGACCCCGAGCGCUACCAGGCCUUGCUGGAAGUCAAGGACGAAGCCACGGGCGACGGCGUUUUGGCCUGCGCCACCCUUCACAACGUCUUUGCCGCGCUGGGAAGCCUCGGGGAUGCGCCGCACGUCCCCGGAGCCGACGACUCCUCGCUGAUACCGACCCUCGCAAAGGUGGUGGCGCGAGUUCAAGCCGGCCAGGGUGCUGCGGACCAAAGUGGCGGCGGCGGCGGCAGCGGCGGCGGUUGGUCCAGCGCGGUGGAGCAGCAGCAGCUGGCUCUGGAAACCCUGGCGUCUAUCGGAACUGCUCUGCUGCACGCUGAUGCAUCAUCCGCGACCCCAGCCGGGGAGUCCGAGACUGCGGAACCAAAGGCAGACGAGGACAUGGGAGACGCGGACGGCGAGGCCCCGGCGGCGUCGGAUGAUGACGCCUCGGACGCCGAGGACGACGACGAGGACGACGACGACGGCAUGGACCAGGAUGAGCUGGAUGCCGACAUGGACAUGGUCACCGGAGCAGACGACCCCCGCGACGAUGGCAACCUCGACGACAUGCCCGUCCUCAAGGCGCUCCUGCAGACGGCCCUCCCGGAGCUCCUCCGCAUCGCCACCUUUCAGCCGGCCGACGACGACAGCCUGCGCCUGCAGGCACACGCCCUGUCCGCCCUCAACAACAUCGCCUGGUCCGUCUCCCUGGUCGACUUCUCGGACGACCUGAACGGCGGCAUCCAAAAGGCCUGGCUGCCCGUCGGCCACGCCCUCUGGGCGCGGGUCAUUGCGCCCACCCUGGCCAGCGACACCGCCGACAUCAGCCUCGCCACCACCGUCACCAGCCUCGCGUGGGCCGUCUCCCGCACCCUCGGCGGCCAGCUCCCCGCCCCCCUCGAGGCCGCCGACCCCCCCCACCGCAAGUUCAUCUCCCUGUACCAGGCCACCCGGCAGCUCCCGGAGGACACCGCCGCCGCCGCCGCCGCCGCCGCCGACCCCUUCCAGCGCCUCGGCGUCAAGUGCGUCGGCGUCCUCGGCCAGCUGGCCAUGCACCCUGCCCCCGCGCCGCGCAACCGCGAGAUCGGCGCCUUCCUCAUGGCCCUCCUCGCGGGGCUGCCGGACACGCCCGCCCCGGACGCCGUCGAGGCCCUCAUGCAGGUGUACGACGUGUACGGCGACGAGCAGCUCCCCUGCGACAGGGACGUCUUCUGGCGCGACGGCUUCCUCGACCGCCUGGAGGCUGCGGCGCCAAGGGUGCGGGCCAUGGUCAAGGGCGUCGACGGGAAGACGCAGCCCGAGCUGAAGGCCAGGGCCGCGGAAGCGCUGCUGAACCUGGAGCGGUUCGUGGCCUACAAGAAGAAGAACCGGCCUCGGGAAGACGGGUCAUGA